AUGAGGGUUACGGAAGUUAUCAUUGACGGGUUCAAGUCGUACGCGGUGCGAACGGUGAUUACAGGCUGGGAUGAGAGCUUCAACUCAAUCACAGGUCUGAAUGGAAGUGGGAAAUCGAAUAUUCUAGACUCAAUAUGUUUUGUUCUCGGUAUUACGAAUAUGAGCACUGUGCGAGCACAGAAUCUUCAGGACCUCAUAUACAAACGUGGACAAGCGGGCGUAACGAAAGCCAGUGUCACAAUCGUCUUUGACAACUCGGAUACGAAGAAGAGCCCAAUUGGAUUUGAGACCUAUACCCAGAUUUCUGUUACGCGGCAAAUAGUCCUAGGUGGAACGAGCAAGUACCUGAUCAAUGGACACCGAGCACAACAGCAGACUGUGCAGAACCUCUUCCAAUCUGUACAGCUGAAUAUCAAUAAUCCGAAUUUCCUAAUUAUGCAGGGGCGGAUCACUAAAGUGCUCAAUAUGAAGGCCGUAGAGAUUCUGGCCAUGAUUGAAGAGGCAGCUGGGACAAGGAUGUUUGAGGACAGGAGGGACAAGGCUCUGAAAACAAUGGAAAAGAAGCAGAUGAAGGUUGAAGAAAUAUCAGGAUUGCUGAAGGAUGAAAUUGAGCCAAAACUCGAGAAAUUGCGACAGGAGAAACGCGCAUUCUUAGACUUCCAACAAACACAAAGCAACAUCGAACAGAUGACCCGACUCGUUGUUUCAUAUGACUACGCACGAUACAACGAAAAACUGAAGCAAUCGGGUCAAGACUUGGACGCCAAAAAGCAGCGAGCGAAAGACCUUGAAGACUCUGCUGCGCGGAUGAAGAACGAGAUCGUGCUGCUACAAGAAGAUAUCAAGAAAGUCAAAGCUACGAGAGAAAAGGAAUUGCGAAAGGGCGGCAAAUUUCAAGCACUCGAGGAAGAAGUCAAGACUCAUUCACACGAAGUUGUGAGACUAUCAACGGUGCUUGACUUGAAGCAAGCCAGCCUGGGAGAGGAGAAGGAACGGCGGGCGAAAGCCGAGAAGAGUGUCAAUGAGUUGGAGAAACAACUGAAAGAGAAGACUAAGGCUCAUGAAGUUCUUCAGAAGAAAUACGAGGCAGCGCAUACUGAGCUCCAGAAACAGACCGAGGAAGUCGAGAACAAAGAGGAACUGCUUCAGAGUCUUCAGACAGGUGUUGCGUCCAAAGAAGGUCAAGAAGGAGGUUAUCAAGGCCAACUUCAAGAGGCUAGGAAUCGUGUGAGCGCCGCCGCCACCGAGCAAGAACAGGGUAAACUCAAGGUAUCGCAUCUAGAGAAGCGAAUCCAGGAAGAAGAACCUCGAGCAAAGAAAGCAAAAGAGCAAAAUUCGAGUCUGACCAAGGAUCUUGAGGCGUUGAAGUCACAGGCAAAGAAGCUUGCAAAUGAGUUGACAAAGCUUGGACUUGAGCCUGGCAAAGAAGACGAAAUGUAUAACGAGGAGAAGAUGCUGCAGUCUCGGAUCCGUGACCUCAGGGGCCAAGCCGAUGGUCUCAAGCGGAAAGUGGCCAACAUAGACUUUACUUACACUGAUCCAUCUCCAAGAUUCGAUAGAUCGAAGGUGAAAGGCUUGGUUGCGCAGCUUUUCACGCUUGACAAGGAGCAUACCCGAGCCGGUACUGCCCUUGAGAUCUGCGCUGGUGGUCGCCUUUACAAUGUCGUUGUCGAUACUGCAGAGACAGGUACUCAACUUCUGCAAAAUGGUAAACUCAGGAAGCGUGUCACGAUCAUUCCACUGAACAAGAUUGCUGCUUUCAAGGCAUCUGCACAAAAGAUUGGCGCCGCGCAGAAACUUGCUCCAGGAAAGGUCAAUCUUGCGCUAUCGCUCGUAGGACAUGAUCAGGAAGUGACCGCUGCAAUGGAAUAUGUCUUCGGGUCGACUCUAGUCUGCGAAGAUGCUGAGACAGCGAAGCGUGUCACGUUCGACCCGGCCGUACGGCUCAAGAGCGUGACUUUGGAAGGUGAUGUAUAUGACCCGUCGGGCACGCUCUCCGGUGGAAGUGCACCUCAGUCAAGUGGUGUUCUUGUUACCUUGCAACAACUCAACGAGCUGACGAUUCAACUCACAAAUCAGGAGAAAGCUUUAGAAGUGCUCCAGGCGACGAUUGCUAGGGACAAGAAGAAGCUCGAUGGAGCUCGCAAGACCAAGCAAGAGCUUGACCUAAAAAACCACGAGAUCAGGUUAACGGAAGACCAAAUCAACAGCAAUUCCUCCACGUCUAUCAUUCAAGCUGUUGAAGAAAUGAAGGCCAACAUUGUUCGUUUGAAACAAGAGAUCAGUGAUGCAAAAGCUCGGCAUGAUGAGGCAACCAAGGAAGUGAAGCGUAUUGAGGGUGACAUGAAGGAUUUUAGUAAGAAUAAAGACAGCAAGCUUGCUGAGCUUCAGACUUCCCUCGAUAAGCUUCGCAAAACCUUAUCGAAGACGUCAGCAUCUAUCAAGCCAUUGCAACACGAGAUGAGAGAGGCAUUGUCAGAUGCUGAGCAAUGUGGCAAUGAUCUCGCAGCUGCACAAGAACAACUCCAAGACGCACAGACUGCCCUUGCGACACAACAGGAAGAGAUUGAUUCAAUCGUUGCUGAACAGAAGCGUGUCAAGGAUGCUCAUGAUCUUGCGCAGGCUAAUCUAGAGGACGAACAGGCUAAACUCAGCGGAUUUGACGAAGAACUGCGUGAACUUGACGACGCCAUUCGCUCAAAAUCAGCCUCUAUCACAGAAGAGGGUCUCGAGAUGCAACAACUUGGUCAUCAGAUCGAGAAAUUCGACAAGGACCAGCAAGCAGCCUCGCAAACCAUCGUUGCGCUCGAAAAAGAACACGAAUGGAUAGCAGAUGAGAAGGAGCUCUUCGGGCGUCCCGGGACCGCUUACGACUUCAGGAAUCGAAACAUGUCCGAAUGCAAAGCGGUUCUAAAGAAAGAAACGGAAGCGUUCCAGGGAAAGCGCAAAAAGGUUAAUCCGAAGGUCAUGAACAUGAUUGAUAGCGUAGAGAAGAAGGAGGCAGCUCUCAAUAACAUGAUGAGAACCGUCAAGAAGGACAAGAAGAAGAUCGAGGAGACCAUCACAAAUCUUGACGAGUACAAAAAGGAGGCGUUGUACAAGACAUGGGAGAAAGUGAACGGCGACUUUGGGCAGAUCUUUGAGACUUUGCUACCUGGCGGUAGUUUCGCGAAGUUGGACCCGCCAGAGGGUAAGACCAUUGCCGAAGGUCUCGAGGUCAAGGUCUGCCUGGGUAAGGUUUGGAAGCAGAGUCUAACAGAGCUGAGUGGUGGCCAGCGAUCGCUCAUCGCCCUAUCUCUCAUCAUGGCGCUCCUACAGUUCAAACCUGCACCAAUGUACAUUCUUGACGAGGUUGAUGCUGCGCUCGAUCCAGACCACACGCAGAACAUUGGUCGAUUGAUCAAGACGCGGUUCAAGGGAUCACAAUUCAUUGUUGUCAGCUUGAAAGAUGGUAUGUUCGAGAAUGCGAAUCGUAUCUUCCGGACGCGAUUUAGCGAUGGUACGAGUGUUGUUCAGGUCCUAAAAUGA